AGACAACAUGUUUUUAGAAAAACUUGAGUUGGUUAAUUAAAUUGUUCUGUUAAUUGUUCUGAUCUUUAUCGGUCAUUAUUUAGUAAAAAUUUAUAUUAAGUGGUUCAUGAUGAUUAAUGAACGAUUGGUUUUAUCUUUUUUUAUGUAACAUUUGAUAUAAUUAAGUUAUCUUAUUAUGUUAAACUUUUCUCUCUUGUCUAUUGUUACAAGUAACUAUUUUUAACUUGACAAUUUUUUUCCUUUACAAUUAGUUUUACCUUUUUCCUGAUUGCUGCUGAUUUAAUCAAUUGUUUACCAUCUCCAUGGGUCUCUUAGUCACCAGUAGACUACUUAAAGUCGGCCAGUUCAUUAAUGGUACUCUGUUUGGACGUAGAAACCUCCUUCUCACUAACUGUUUACUAUCAACUGCACUUGGAUCUUUGGGUGACGCCAUUCAACAGCAUUAUGAUAUUAUAACGAAUAAAAUAAAUGAAGAUAAAAAAGAUUUACCGAUAUCAACCAUGCCACCAUGUUCACCUUCAUCUUCUCUGGCACUGUCUUCAUCUUUAUCAUCAUCUUCAUCAUCGUCAAGUGGAGAUGAGAAAUUUAAUUUCACUCGAAAUCUUCACAUGUCAGCAGCCGGUUUUACCACGGGUUUGGUAACCCAUGUUUGGUAUAUUCUACUCGAUCGUUAUUUAGGUACUAAAAAGUGUCUUAAAUUGGUUACAGUUAAGGUUCUUCUCGAUCAAAUCAUGUUCAGUCCAGUCAAUCUUGCAGUUUACUUUGGAACUGUUGCAAUAUGUGAACAAUCAACGUUUAGAAAAUUCAAAGAUGAACUAAUCGAGAAAGGAAUGGAAAACAUUUAUCUCUGGGAAUGGGCAAUUUGGCCUCCGGCUCAAUAUAUAAACUUUUACAUUCUUCCAUUGAGAUAUCGUAUUCUUUUUGACAAUAUUAUCUCACUUGGUUUCGACAUCUACUCACCUUACGUAAAAUACAAGACCGAAUUACGUAAAGAGAAACAAAUCUCAAAUCCAAAUGACCAAUCAUCGGAAUUUCCUGUUAUGGUCAAGCUAAACUUGACCGAAUAGAACAAUUUAUUAUUCUAUUUAUAAAUUUUUCUUCAAUAGAAUUUAUAAAUUGCCAAUUGUUAUAGUUUUUGUUAAUCAAAUUGACAACAAUAUACACAAAUUCGUUACCAACUUUUA